AUGGUAGUAUGUGAAUUGGAUAGUGAGAUUUCGGGUGAAAUUCUAGGUUGGAAGCUUCCCCCUUGGCAAUCAUUGCUUUUCCAUCGCGCAUUACCAUCUUGCGGUGGACUUGUCAUUUACUUAAUAGUGAUUUGUUUUGAUCUUUCGCUUAUUAUUCAAAAUUUCCAAAAUGGUGAGAAAGCGUUAGGUGUAUUUUGCUGUAUAUUGUUGGCGUUCCCAGCAUUAUUAGCAUUACUUUUUACAUUAGCGUCGCCUCCUCCCGGCUUGCUAACGGAAGAAUCUGCAUUCUCAGUAAAACUACAAAACAAUGACAUUAAGUGGAUCUUAGAAGAAAUUUUACGUACGCUAUUUUUUCCUAUCGCAGGGAUAGGCAGAUACUGCUAUUUAAUAUUCUGGUGGAUAGAAGCCGUGUACGCGUCCCGAGACCAAGAUGAGGCUAGAACGAAGGAGGCUCUCUCGCGGGCCCGGGCGCCUUCUUCCAUGGAACUCUAUUUCUUCCUACAGGCCUUCUUGCAUUGCGCGCCGCUCGCUAUUAUCAAUAUCCUAGACAUGAUGGCACGCUAUGCGAACCCUGCAUAUGAUAAGAUUACCAUCCAAGCGGUCAGUUUAGUUGCAGCUUCACUACGAAUGGCGAGUACAGCUACGAUGUACAGACGAUUUGAACGAGAAAAAAUAUGUGGGCGUAAAUAUCCCUGGAGUAUUAAUAAAUCUGACACUCAAGAUAAAAAUGUCAAUAACGAAAAUUUAGAAAAAACAAAUAACAACGAGGAAAAUGAACCAAUUUACGAACCAAUAAUAAAGCGUCAAUCAUCAUCAAUCUCCCGAAAGUCUGUAGAAUGUAGAGAACAAGUAAAUAGUGAUUUGAUUGAAUUCUCACCCCGAAAUUCAGAGAGGCAUUUUUACGACGACGAUUUCUUGUCGGAUGUAAGUUCGGAUUACUUGCCGCCGACCCAGCGGGAAGAAGACAGUGAUGAAGAGUAUGUGAGACCUAUAUCUAUAAUAGAUAGAGUAGCGCCAAGGAGGCGCGAUGUAGAGUUUACAAUUGAGAGAGUAUACGUACCUCCACCGCCGGAGAUGCCAGCGCCGCGACCGGGCUCGAUCGCUGUGUGGGCGGAAAAAUUAAUCGAAAACGCAGAGUCCAUACCCACAUGGUUGUCCGCGCCGCCCAGACGAAAACACUGGGAAGUAAUUCAAGAUGAACCUGACCUUCCUCGAAGAGUCCCACGAUCUUACAUACGAGGCCUAGAGCCACAAGAUGCGACCGCCGCAAUUGUACAUUUUCUAGGAUGCCCUAGCGUCCCGUUCGCGGGUAAAGAGGCGGAACCUUACAACGGGCUGCGUUGUGCGAGCUCGGCGAUAAAUCGAAUUUCGCUGUGGACAGCGUCGUUGUCCGCCGCGAUGGACGCGUGCGAUACUUCACUGAUAUAUCCGAUACCAAGCAUCUCACAAAACCUCACCGGCCCU